AUAAUUAAACUGGUGAUUGUUCAGUGUGUGGUGUAUAUGAACAAGUUGAUGAAGAUUUAAAUGUUGAUUAUAUAUUCUUCCGAAAAAUCGACAUGCCGACGCGUGUGGGUUGCCACUUGGGCCGCCGAUUCCCCUUAUCUUUCCCUUUCUCCAUUACCAAGCAACAAAGUUUUGCAGUGAAAGAAAAAAUUCCAGCAUCUUUUGUUUCUUUCCUACAGCUUUGAAUUUUCUUUUGCUAGCUAGGUUUAUAUAAUAUUCUUAACAAACCUUUAAGCCCUUUCCGUAUAGUUUAAUUAUAACCCUUCAUGAAAACACCUAAAAGAAGCUUUGUCAAUCAAAUACCAAUUUGAUCACUCAUCUUCUUCAAGAUCUGCAUCAAUUAUGUUAAUUCAUUGCUUCUUUCAGUUGAUACAAAUGAUGAGAGGAGUAAGAUGAUUUCAAGUUCAAGAGAAAAGAGUUGUUUUGAAGCAAAGCAAGAAGGCGAUGGGGGCAAGGUCUCGAGUUCGAGGCAGUGGCAGGGGUUUAGGAAUCCGAGGAUCGUCCGAGUGUCGAGGUCUUUUGGUGGGAAAGAUCGGCACAGCAAAGUUUGUACGAUAAGGGGAUUAAGGGACCGUCGGAUUCGGCUAUCGGUGCCAACCGCGAUUCAAUUAUACGAUCUACAAGAUCGGCUCGGCCUUAAUCAACCUAGUAAAGUAAUCGAUUGGUUACUUGAAGCAACUAAAGAUGAUGUGGAUAAACUCCCACCACUUGAGUUUCAUCAUUCAUUGAUGCCAAACCCUUGUCAAUCUUCUCCCUUUACUCCUUUAAUGGAUCCAAAUUUGAUGUUUAUGAAAGAUUAUGAAGGAGAAACAAGUAUGCAAGUUGAAAGAGAAAUCACAGAUAUGAAGGGAAAAUGGAUCAAAGAGCAAGAAAAGUUAAUUUUCCCAGUAACCAAUCAUGGUUCAUCCUUACCAGGAGGAUUCAUGUUCAACACUGGGACUAAUUCCAUGCCUUUAAAUACUUAUAACCAUCAUUGGAACCCUUCUCAGUUUACAAACCAUGGAUUUCAUCAUCAUCACCAACCUGAAAAUUACUUCCAUGGCGCCAUUGCCAACACUUAUCCGCCAUUGCCGUCGUGCCCUCCACCGUCAACAACGCCUUCACAUUUCCCGACGUUUCCUUGGUAUGGGACAAACACAAAUCAAGAUGCUGCAGGUGAUCAGGAUAAUUCAAAGCUUCAGUUUUUUACAUAAUUAACUGCAAUAUAGCAGGUAAGAUGAUGCAUGUGUAGCUUCUAAAUGCAUAUUUUUCGUCACAGACACAAGGGUUUUUUAAGUAGGUGUAGGUGAGUUUAUUUGUACUGUUUUUUUUUCUCUCCACUGUUAUGUCAAUGAAUUUUGUGUUUUAAUCAACAUUUUAUAUUAUAGUUUGCUAUGUAUGUUUAAGAUAGAAUCGAUAUAUAGUUUCAUUUA